UUACCUGAGGCGUGCAUGUGUGAGGAUGGUUCAUGAAGGUUUGGGGCAGGUUCUGUCUGGGUCAUGCCUUGUCCAUUUAUGUGACUAUGCUGAGGUCUCCCACUUGAUAAUAGUCGCAUCAGUUGAAUUUACUUUUCUAUAGGCAAACACACAACACCUCAGUCUAUACUAUAAUUUGUUACAAUGAUUGUUAUGCCUUUUGAUCGGAUGAGUUAUUUAAACAUUUACUCAUCUCUGCCUCAGUCAAUCAGCACAUGGACACUGAUGUGUUCUUCUACCUGCUGAUCAUCUUCUCGGCGAUCAACUCCUGUUAUACCCUGGUUUGGGACCUGAAGAUGGACUGGGGGCUGUUUGAUCGGAGCGCCGGUGAAAACACAUUCCUGAGGGAGGAGAUUGUCUACCCACAGAAAGCCUACUACUACUGUGCCAUAGUGGAAGAUGUCAUUCUCCGCUUUGCCUGGACCAUUCAGAUUUCCCUCACCACCUUGAACAUCUUUCCAUCUGCUUCUGACAUCUUAUCCACUGUACUGGCGCCCCUGGAGGUGUUCAGGCGCUUUGUGUGGAACUUCUUCCGGUUGGAGAACGAGCAUCUCAACAACUGUGGUGAGUUCCGUGCAGUGCGGGACAUCUCAGUGGCACCUCUAAAUGCUGACGACCAGACCCUGCUGGAGCAGAUGAUGGACCAAGAGGACGGUGUGCGUAACCGACAGGGGAAGAAGAGCUGGAAACGUAGCUACAGUGUGUCACUACGGCGCCCCCGCCUGGCUUCUCAGUAAGACUUUCUGAUAUGUAGUAUAUUGUGUGUGUGUGUGUGUGUGUGUGUGUGUGUGUGUGUGUGUGUGUGUGUAUAUAUAUAUUUUUUUUCUUUUACAUGUGCAUUCCUUCUAUUUCCUACUACUUAAUGAAUCAGGGCUUAUUGGUUAGGAUACUGACCUCUUAACAGAAUGUUAGCAUUUCAGCUAUGGGAUCCAUUAAUGUUCAGUACUUGAAAAAACCUACCUCAUACCAUAUUUGUGAGGAAAAAGUUUGUAUUCCUGGAGUCUUUUUUUUUUUUUUUUAAAAUAGCUUUUUGUUUGGUUACCUUAAAUCCAAAUACAAUAUGGCCCAAUCAAAAAAGAUUUCAGAUGAUCUCAUUAGAAAAGUUAAGCUCAUGAGACAUUAACGCCAUUUCAUGCCACUAUAUAUAUAUACAUACUACUGAGUGAAAAGUAUGUGGACAUCCAUUCCAGUUAUUGAUUUACACCAUCAACGGCACCCUCACAACAUCCCACCGUUGCAACAAAUCAGUUUUAAAUAUUUCAGCCAUUAGACCUGCCUAUGGUUACCAUAUUUGGUGAAACAAAAAAAGAGGAUGUGUCCAGGGAUCAGAAUAUUAAUGAGUUUUCACAUUAACAAGCCAAUCAGAAAGCACCUCUCUUAAUAUAAUGUUUUCCCUAACCAACCUGUAAAAUUAAAAUUCUUGUCCGCAGAAACCCAGGGAUAUUGUAACCUUAGUUAACUGUCGUUUUACCAUCUACACACAAUUGUAUACACGUAUAUUGUGUCAAGCCUUUUUCAACAAGUUACCAAAACCCUGAGGUAAGAUUGUUAAACUUCAAGCAAGCAACAUGAUUGACUUCAUAUAAAAACACAAAUAAAGUGUCAAAAUGCCAAUGGUUUACGGAAGUUGACUUCACUCAUGAGCAGCAUGACACUUAGAGAUGUGCAUAUCAUUUAAUUUUUAAAGGAAACAUCCACAAGCCUUCCAGACGCUGUGUGUUGAUACUGAGUGGCUACCUUUUCCUUCACUUGGUACUCCACUGUAGCUUGCAACACUGGGUCAUAUGGGUUGCAGCGCUACACCCGAGUUUUGAAAAACUGCUCAGAUGCCCAGACAGGCCCAAAAAGAAGACGUGUCCAUGGAAACCCAGACAUAUGGCAACCCUGGACCUGCUAGUCAACUGUCAGUAAUGUUAAGUGGAAGAAUCUUCGCGCAAUCACAGUUCAGCCACAAAGAAGUUGGCCACACAAGCUGACAUAGUGGAACCACAGAAUGUGGCGCGUAAAAAUCGCCUUUUCUCAGCUGAGACGCUAACUGCAGUGUUUCAAACUGCCUCAAGAAGCACUGUCGGCAUGAGUGGUCCUUCAGGAGCCACAUGUUUCCAUAGCUGAAUUGCUGUGCACAAUGUCAAGCGUGUGACACUUGGACUGUGGAGCAGUGGAAAUACAUUCUCAGGUGUGAUGAACCAUGCAUCACUGUCAGACAUUCUGACAGCAGUGAUAAUUUCGUUGACGAAAUAUUUUCGUUAUAAUUUUCGUCAACG